UGCUGCUAUGCAUUUUGGGUAAAAGAGUUUCAACAGACAUGGCGUCCCGGGUACUCGUGCACUGCGUCCGCUCUGUAAGGUUAUUACAGCACAGCGGAGUUAUAAAAUCCGCCAGCCAAAGAUCACUGACUCUGGUUCCGUUUAAACAGCCAGCGAAAUGGACCGAGCUUUUACGGGUCCCCACUCCUGCUCUGCAGCUGUGUCGGCAGUAUUGCGAUUCGCAGCCACUAACCCUGCACAGCAUCGAAGAGCGUGUCAUGAACGUCCUUAAACUGUACGACAAGAUCAAACCAGAGACGCUUCAGACAUCAUCUCACUUUAUGAAGGACUUGGGACUGGACAGUUUGGACCAGGUGGAAAUUAUCAUGGCGAUGGAAGACGAGUUUGGAUUUGAGAUUCCAGAUGCAGAGGCAGAGAAACUGAUGACUCCUGCAGAAGUUGUACAGUACAUCGCCAGUAAAAAAGACGUCAAGUAAUAACCAAGUCUCGCUUUUCCAUGCAUCAAGAUUUUGAAGCUACACCAUUUCUGUCCUGAACAUCUUUCCGUCUCUGUCACUUGUUUUGUGUAAUGUUUAAUAAAAAUAAAAACUGUCAUGCACAUUUGAACAAUAAACAAAAAUCUGAAAUAUCA